UAUUCUGCAAACCAAACAGCCUGAUGUUUUUAGGCGUAAGCAUGUCCUGUCGUUUUGCGAAGUCAAUAAUAAACUGUUUGCUGUUCAAGAUUGUCAAAUUGGAAAUUUCGAAAUUUUCUGCACUUGCGAGUCCUCGCGUGAUCAUCGCGAAAGCUCGAGCGGCUGCAGCCAUGGCGUCGCCACCAUUAGGAAGCUACGGAGUUGAGAAGAGCUUCGGUAUUACUGCUGAUAUUGCUGCUCCUUCGUCACAGAUCCGAGAACUCUUAAUUUUGUGCUCCACCGCGGUUGAGGCUGGAGAUGUUCCUGAGUUGGAGAACUUGGUAGCAGAACUUGUCAAUUCCUUGAAUUCGUUGUAUGAGGAUGUUGCCUCAGAUCCCGGCAGUACAGAUCUGGAGAAUAAUGUUUUCCAAGUUCUAGCUGAAAUUUUAUCACUUUUAUCAUUACCUGUGGAUCAGGUUGUUAUGGAUGCACUCUCAUUUGAGUUGCCAAAAUCGAUUUCCAAAUUCGCCAACAUAUCAAGCAGAUGUUUGGAGACAGUAGACAACAUUGUUGAUAGGUUUGUGACAGCAUGCAGCCCACGGGAUAUGCUUUCAAUUCUUUGUGAGGCGUUGGUUGCUGUUCGGGGCUCUAUUGGGGCUUCCUACUGUUCCACUCCUCUAUUGCAUGGGUUUUCUAAAGUUAUUCCUUCAAUUCAGAGGCGUCACUAUGAGCAACUAAAAGUUGCUGUUCCAGUUGUUGUCAAGAUUUUGAAGGACAUUUCUUUGGAAACAGAAGUAGAAGUUGAAGAUUUAUUUAAUAAGGCUCUAGGUGUUGCCGUUUCUAUUCGUGAUGUUUGCCCAAAACUGAAGAGUGAAGAAAACGCAAAACUGCGCUCUCUGCUUGGUCUCUAUGUGCUACAAAUAAUGGCUCUUCUAUCAGUGAGCAUCAGAGACAAAGUGGAGAAUUGCCUUUCUCUGGCCACUGAAUUAGCACCUUUCUUAACAUAUUGUGGUUACACAUAUAUCGGUUUAAUCACUGGGCAUGACACCGAAACUGGAAUGAGAAUCAUCGCUGGAGAUGAUGAUGAUGAUGAUGAUGAUUUUAUCAAUUCUUUAUCCGACAUCAACCUUGGAGCAUCACUGUCAGUCAUCUGGGCCAAAAUCUCGAACAAUGUUGCACAGGCUCCUCAUUCUGAUUUAUCAGAUGUUAUGAAUGAGCUUCAAAACAAUCAAGUGAAAAGGUGGCAAACUUAUGGCAUGCUGAAGUAUGUAAUUUCUUCUGGCUAUCUUCUCUGGGAAUUCAGAACACAUGCUAUUGAAUUUUUGCUCGACAUAACAAAAGAAGUUACUCCAUCGCAUGGCAAUGAUGAACAAUUUGACUGCUCGCAGUACACGCCAAGUAUCUACACCGCUUUACAGGCUGUCACCUUGGUGAUUAUGCAUGCACCAAAUGCAAAUCUAAGGAAGAAAACAUUUGAUGCAUUAAAGAGGGUUCUUUCUGAUAUCCCGGCUUCUCAAAGAUUUGACGUUUUAAGAGCUCUUGUCACCAAUUCCCAGUCUCCUUCCAUGACGGCGAUUCUUCUGGAUCUAAUUAGAGACAACAUGAGUAAGAGAAGCUUGCAGGCUGAAGACAUUUUGUGUGUCGACACACAUGUUCUUGAGCUGGUCGAGUUGAUCUUACGACCUCCAAAUGGCGGGCCUCCACUCCUUCCAGAGCAGAGUGAUGCGGUUCUUGCUGCAUUGAACCUGUACAGAUUUGCAUUACUCGUUGAAUCAAAAGAUGGGAAAACCAAUUCAAGAGGGGUGUCGUCAGAGAAGAAUCUACGCAAAGUCUACGAGGAGUGGCUCUUACCUCUUCGAUCCAUCGUGACCAGAACCAUCGCUGAGAUCCACGGCCACGGCAACAAGGAAGCGGCACUUGACAUUGUAUGCUCUAUAAACCCGAUAGAGCUCGUACUCUAUCGUUGCAUCGAACUCGUCGAAGACAAGUUGAAGGCUUCAACUUAGAUCCACCCCUUUCAAGGGCCAUCACUGAUGAUGUUACUCACCUCUGGGUUAAUGGAUCGUUAAAAAGCCCUUGGGGUUUGCUAAAUACAGUACACAACAGCUUCUGAUCUCAUAUAUUCGAAUCUCUUGUUCCCUCUACAAAGAAUCAAUAACUCUGUAUCCUCUCUCGCUCUCUCUGAAUCUGCAAAACUUACAUAAUCCUCUA